AUGCCAUGUUACUGUGUUCUCUCUGCAUGCUCAAAAUCUGGUCAGGAAAACGUUUUCAAGUCUUCAGCAUUUGUUGCCCAUCAAAGUGCGGUUAUUUUGCGAAAGUUUGACGAAAGUCUGUCCCGCAGAUAUAAAGUUUGUGCUUGAUCAUGGAGGAAGGGUGAUUGGAUUUUGUGCCAAACCAAAACAGCACAUUUCAAGAUGGCAGCCACUGGCCUGGUCACUCUACACGUACAUGUGCCGUCACCCAAAAAGAAGAAAACAGUGACAGAUUUUAACACUUUCUGCACGUGGGUGUUGGACUAUGAGGCUUCACUACAAGAGGAGGAGCUUGUCAAGAAAAGAAGUCCAAGUCCCUUAGACAGUGAGGGUAACAGUACGUCUAGCAGUGAUACCUCUGAAAUUUUACAUUAUGCGCCCAACUCCCAAAAGGUCAAAGAUGAGGAAUGGGAACUGGUCACAUGUUACUGUCUCAAACCCUUUGCUGGACGGCCGAUGAUUGAAUGCUCAGAAUGUGCCACUUGGAUCCACUUGUCAUGUGCCAAAAUCCGCAAGAACAAUGUGCCGGACAUUUUCCUUUGCCAGCGUUGCCGGGACUCCAAGUAUGAAAUCCGACGGUCAAAUCGAGCCCGAGAACCCAAGAAACAGUUCAAGGAGUUGUAUGAAGACUUGUGAACUACAGCAAUUAAACAGACUUGUACAGCAGUAUCAAAGUGUAUCAUAAGUUCUAUGCCAACCGUCCCUUAAAGCGCAAAAGAAAGGAAGUAGGAAGUGUUAAAAGUUUCAGCUGCUUGGAGUAUUGGGCUCACAACUUUUCAGUCAUGAGUUUGGAAUAAGGAUUAUGCCAGUUUUGGAAACUCGUUUCACAAUGCAGUGCUGAUUACUUUCCAACCGUGCAACACAAACACCUGUAAGGACAACAGGCAUGUUGCUGUCGGAGAGCUGUCAUAGAAAUGUGCGAUCUCUCUACUGCUGUCGUGAUGUCGAAGCUUGGACCUCUUUCAGAACAUUCGCGUGAUGUACUCUGAACCAUUUGGGACCAAGGUUUUUGGACAACUCCAUCAACAAGGGCUGUAAGCUAGACUUCAUUUCACUCAGAUACUCAACCAAAUCUACUCAACUCACCCAUUACUUGGAGUGUGCUUCAUACACUGCUUUGCACACGACUAAUUGACGAUGCUGGCUCAACACUGUCGACUGGAAAGGGUUGAAGAUGCAAUACCGUUGUGACUAAGCAUAUACUGCAUUAUAUGUAUUUCAAGGUGGCUGAAAUCAGUUCCACCCCUAAUGUUCACCCAUUGGAGUAGUGAAGAAACACUAGACUGGUGGAAGACAGGGCUUUCCAAUAAUGUAAUUUCUAGCAUAGUUGAUACUUGGAGCAAGACUACAUGUAUGAGGUCAAUCUACUUCAGUGGUGUUUCCAUGGGGCAUAUUGUACGGUACAUGUACUGCAACAAAUGUGACAUGACCUCAAACAUUUGCCUUGGAAAAAACUUGACAGCUUAGAGGGCUUUCUGUGAUGCUCAGUUUGAAGGUCCUUCAGCUCCUUGGGAAAUAUCAUCCGCUGAUGGGCAGGUGAUGGUGUGUGGGUCUGUAAAUCAUGGAAAUGAAUCAACAGAUGAAGCAACAGAUGGUAGCAUGGAUACAUGGUAGUAGAUUGUUGAUCAGUCCUACUGUGGACAAAUGGAUGUGGAUUGCUGAUUAGUCCUACUGUGGACAAAUGGUAGUGGAUUGUUGAUCAGUCCUACUGUGGACAAAUGGUAGUGGAUUGCUGAUUAGUCCUACUGUGGACAAAUGGUAGUGGAUUGCUGAUUAGUCCUUCUGUGGACAAAUGGUAGUGGAUUGUUGAUCAGUCCUACUGUGGACAAAUGGUAGUGGAAUGUUCAUCAGUCCCAUAGUGCUAUGGAAAAUAUCUCCAUGGUGAUAAAAAAUCCUUGCACUGCAGUCUAACAAGUCAAGAAAAUAGUAAGAAUUUAAAAGGACAUUUCAAAAGCCUUAUUGGACAAAUCUGUAACUGCUCUUUUGUUUUUAAGUUAGCAGUUUGUAACAUAUCAAACUGUGAUUGAAAAAAGAUCACAUUUGACACCCGCCAACUUUUGACAGCUUCGUUGUAGAACAUGGCAUUUUCCUUUUAGAUCUAAGGGACACAUGGCACCUGAGCCAAGCUGAGGAUGCCUCCUUCAGUGUGUUUGAUUACUUCUCUCCUAUUGGUACUUAUCCAUGGUGUUUUCAUAGUUUUAUACAGGCAGGGGCAAUAUAUUAUAGUAACAAAUGAAUGAUACAAGAUUACUCAAACGAGGUACAUGUAAGCUCAUAGGUUACUCAAAAUGUCCUGACCAGGUAAGCUCAUAGGUUACUCAAAGUGUCC